AUGGAAAACCGAAAAAAACUUGUUAAGAGCAUUUUCGGCAUUAAUUUGGGGGUGAUGCGAGUUUUGGGUUUUUAUUCUCCUCAAAAAUACAAACACUUCUAUAAAUUAUACAGUUUUACCGUAUACUGCAUGUUUACAAGUCUAGUUCCUAUUUUGUCUAGUUUGUACUUAAUCAUGGCCCCACACGUGGAUUUAGACAAGGUAGCAGAUAAUGCUUUUGUGAUAUGUCAGCUAGGAUGUUUUACAAUAAAAGUGCUGCCAUUCGUGUUCAACGGAGAAGAAAUUAGAAAAAGUAUCUACAUGAUGGAACACCCAAUAUUUCUGGUAUUCACAAAAAAGCAAGAAACUAUUAUUGAGGAUUGUAGAAUAACAUGCAGACGAACCAGUUUGCUAUUUUUGGUUUUUUGUAUCAUGUGUGUCAUAACUUGGGGCAUCGCCCCUUUUUUUGAAAGUGGCUACAAAUUCCCGAUUGAUAUCUGGGUGCCAUACGACUUUACGAAAAAUUCACAGCUGUAUUUUAUGACAUUCUUCUACGUACUUGCAGGAGCUGGCAACAGUGCAAUAACAGAUGGAGCUCUAGACCCAUUAGUUGCAGGAAUGACCUAUUUCGCGACUUGUCAAAUAAAAAUUCUUAAAGAUAAUUUGCAACAUUUGGGUGAGAAGUCAGAAGCAGGGUUAAUUUAUCAGCAAAUAAUGCACUGCGUUUCACAUCAUAAUAUUAUCAUAGAGUUUGUAAAAACCAUAGAGAAGAUUUAUUCUUCCGUAGCUUUCACCCAAUUUUGUGCCAGCGUUGUCGUCAUUUGUAUAUGUUGCUUCAAACUAAGUCAAGUGUCUCCUUUUUCGAUGAACUUUGUCUGGAUGACGACAUUUCUCUGUACCAUGCUUGCUGAAAUUUUUUUGUUUUGUGUUUACGGCACGACGCUUUAUGAAGAAAAUAACACGCUAAUUCAAGCUGUGUAUAUGGGAAAGUGGUACGAAUAUGAUCUGAAGUCACAAAAAGCUCUAAUAAUAUUAAUGGAACGGUCCAGACGACCGAUGAUUGUAACUGCUGGAAAAAUUCUAGAUUUGUCGCUGGAAACAUUUACUACGAUACUAAGAAGAGCAUAUUCUUUACUCGCCGUUCUUAAAAAUUAUUAA